CCAACCAGGCCUUGCUGUGCUGGUUUGUGUACCACCUCGCAAACUGGGUCAGCCUUUCAAGGCGUAUCGUAUCGCAUUCGCAAGGCAAGGGUGAGUUUGCCGUUUUUCCAUCGGUUCCAUGGGUUGGUUGGCUUUCCUCAGGCGUCGUUUCCUGCGCGAACGGCUGGGGCGUUUUCCGGAAGGCGCCCCCCCCCUUCUCUCUCUCCCUCUCUCUGCGUAUCUUCGCUUCGCCGGUGCCUGCCGCAUGGUAUCGACCCAAGCUUCUCUGGCUUCCUGUCGUUCGGUUUUGUUUGUUUGUUGUUCCGAUCCUUUUCCUCUUAUUCUUGGUCGACUCCAGAACCCAAACCCCCUCCCCCGGUUCGGGUGCUGCUUCCCGUCCCUUGUCCCACUUAUAGGCAUCCGCACUGAGCCGAAAAAGAGGGUCCACAGCCCUGCGGAUUGGGAUUGGUCAAUGGCUCGGAUGGGUAAUAUGAAUGUGUGCUUGGGCUGCCGUCAAGAAAGUGGUAUUUUAUUGUUGCCCCCUUGGCUGUUUAUUUCCGAUGGCCACGGGGACGGCCUGCAGCGUGGUCCGAGCUGACGCGUGCGUGUGCGUGUGUGUGUUGUGCAGAAUCUCCAUCUCGUCGGCAGCAACAACAACAACAACAACAACAACAACACAGACGAACAGAUAGACAGACAGGCUCUGCAGCCUACAGGGCGGCAUCGCAUCGACGCCGAAGGUUCAACGGGCCUUGGCAUCUUUGCCAGAACACAGGCUUCACGUGACUCCUGUUUCGAGACCCGCUAUUUCUAGUCCCGUGGAUCUGGAUUGAGAUUUGCAACCAGAGAGAAA